AGUGUGGUACGUUUACGGCGCCUCGUACUUGCAGUGAUAGAGCUAAACCAUGAGGUAAACAAGCAAACUGCUUGACUUUCUGCUCCUAAAAGUAGGAAUAUCAUUUAGCGAGUGACAAUGCUACUCCAGAAUCGAGCUGUGAUUGCCCUUGGUCUUCGCAUUUCCACAAAUGUGCUGAAAGGACCUUUGAUGGACACAGCAAGACCCAACUCAGACAUGUCUGAAUUCCGCAAGGUUUUUUCCAAAGCCAAGCACAUAGCAAUCAUCACAGGGGCAGGUGUGAGUGCAGAGAGUGGAGUACCAACCUUCAGAGGAGAACAUGAGAAGUGGAGGAAGUGGCAAUCUCAGGACCUGGCGUCCCCAGAGGCCUUCUCUCGAACACCGUCCCGUGUCUGGGAGUUUUACCAUUACAGGAGAGAGCUGGCUUUGAACAGGAAGCCCAGUGCUGCCCAUCUGGCUAUAGCCGAGUGUGAGGCCCGGCUGAAGAAGCAGGGGCGCUCGGUGGUGGUCAUCACCCAGUGCACCGACGACCUGCACCGACAGGCCGGGUCCAAACAUCUGCUCAAGAUUCAUG